UUUUCAUCUCUUAAUUAUAACUCUUUUUUUUUUUUCUCUUCUCUCUUCUCUCUCUUCCAUGGUGGUGGUGGUGGGUUCUCUUCUUUAGUAGUAUAGUAGAUCUCUCUGCACCAAAGCUUUGAACAGAAGAUACAGAGAGAGAAUCAGAGGAGAAACCACAAACUUAAAAAAAAAAAAGAAAGAGUCUUACUUUUCUUUUUGUUUUCUACUUGAUAAUUUAUUUAGUGGUCAAAUGUCUUGUUCUUUACUCUUCUUUCCUUUGGUCUAAGGACCUUUAAGAUAACAGUAGUAAGAGUCCGUGAAAGAAAGAAACAAAAAAAAAAUUUGGAAUUUUGAAGAAGAUGAUGAGGGGAAAGGAGGAAACUUUAUCUCUGUUUGUUUUGACUACUUGAGUCUCUUUUCGAUCUACAUCUGGAUUUUGCAGCAUUCUUCUUAGAGAGGAGAUAAAAAAAAUGAGGAAACAUGGAUGGCAACUUCCUUACCAUCCUCUUCAGGUGGUGGCUGUUGCUGUGUUCUUGGCUUUAGGGUUUGCUUUCUAUGUCUUCUUUGCUCCCUUUGUUGGGAAGAAGAUGCAUCAGUACAUUGCGAUGGGCAUUUACACUCCCCUGAUUACAUGUGUGGUUGGACUGUAUAUAUGGUGUGCGGCUUCAGAUCCUGCAGACCGUGGAGUUUUCCGGUCGAAGAAGUACCUUAAAAUUCCUGAAAAUGGGAAAUUUCCUCUAUCAAAGGAUACAAAAGAUGGAUGUGGAUCAGCUACAGGAGGUGCUAAAACUCGUGAUGGCAUGUGUGUACAGGAUCCAGAAAAUGAAACCAACAAGAAACUGGAGUCCUCAAAAAAAUCUUCUGUCCUGCGUUGGCUUUGCUCUCCUUGUGCAUUGCUCUGUAAUUGUUGCGGUGGAGGAGAUGAAUCUUCUGAGCAGAUGAGCGAGGAUGGGAUGUUUUACUGCAGUCUGUGUGAAGUUGAGGUCUUCAAAUACAGCAAGCAUUGCAGGGUUUGUGACAAAUGUGUGGACCGUUUUGAUCAUCACUGCAGGUGGCUAAACAAUUGCAUUGGGAAGCGAAAUUACCGAAAAUUCUUUAGCCUUAUGGUAUCAGCUAUUUUUUUGCUCAUUAUGCAAUGGUCAACUGGGAUUUUUGUGCUGGUAUUAUGUGUACUCCGAAGAAACCAGUUUAAUGCAGACAUUGCCUUGAAGUUGGGAAGCAGCUUCUCGCUGAUUCCAUUUGUAAUAGUCGUUGCAGUUUGCACUCUACUAGCAAUGCUGGCAACGUUACCACUUGCUCAGCUUUUCUUCUUCCACAUUCUUCUCAUUAAGAAGGGAAUCAGUACAUAUGACUACAUAGUUGCACUUCGAGAGCAAGAGCAAGAGCUAGAAGCUGGAGGAGGUCAACAGAGUCCUCAAAUGUCAAUGAUCAGCUCAUUUACUGGACUAAGCAGUGCAAGCUCUUUCAAUACAUUUCAUCGUGGGGCAUGGUGCACACCACCUCGUCUGUUUCUUGAGGAUCAGUUUGAUGUAGUCCCUCCAGAGAAUGCAUCUGUGAGUUCAUAUGGGAAGAAGUCGGUGGUUGAGGAACGCGUCAAGAAGAAGACACAACCUGUGAAGAUCAGUCCAUGGACUCUAGCUCGCCUUAAUGCAGAAGAAGUUUCAAAAGCAGCAGCAGAAGCAAGAAAGAAAUCCAAAAUAAUUCAGCCAGUGGCUAGACGGGAGAAUCCAUUUGUUGGCUUAGAAGCAAGCAGCGGCUUUGGAAGCAGCGGGCGUAGAAUGUUCCCAGCAAAAUUUGAAGCUGUUAAUAGUAAUGGGAAGCAGCGAAGGCAAUCAAAGCGCAUACGGUUACCAGCAGAACUACCUCUAGAACCGCUGAUGAAUGUUCAGACUAAAGCAGCUAUGAUGGAGACAUCAACUAGUUCAGGGCUAGCUCCUCUUCAGCUAGAAGCAAGAAGCGCGUUUCAGACAAGCCGAGCAAUGUCAGGGUCUGGUAAUGUUAUGGUGACAUCUUCACCAGAAAGCAGCUUAGACUCGCACGACAUUCACCCGUUUAGAGUUUCAUCUGAAGCAGAGGAUGCAGCUCAGCUCAAUGGAUUCUCUUCAGCUAUUGGUCUGAUGGGUCAACAUAGAGGGCAAGAACAAGAACAAGCCAUGAUGAUGAUGCCAUUGUCAAGGUCUACAAGUGAUGGCUACGAUGCAUCUGGUGGAGAAGACAGUGAUCAGGUUCCUUCUAGAAACAUCCACAAAUCAAGAUGAGAAGCCCAUAUGAUAUUAUCACUCUAGUUUUGGAAGGGUUGAGAGAAUCCUUGGAGCGUUCGUUGAUUUAAGGCUGCUGUGCAUUCGAUCAAGAAAAAGUCAAGAUUCUCAGAUAAACGAUUUGUGAGGAUCUUAAAAGAAGAUAUUACAGUGCCUGCUAAAGAGCUCUAAGGAGAAGGCACCAGAGACUUUUGUGAAUUCUGAAGAUUUUUAUUUUAAGGUACUGAGCAAUAUUUGAAACAUGAUCUUCAAGGGAUUUACUAAAACUUAUUUUGUUAGGAAAAAAAAAACUGUUUCUUCUGAUAAAAAAAAUGUCAAUUUGUGAUUUAAAGAAAGAGUUGGUUUUGUUUUGUUUUUGCAUACUUGCUAUACAAGAUUCAAGAAUACAAUUUGGUUGAGAGCUU